AUGGCAAAUAACUGCUUGCUUUCUUGUCCUUUGUUUUCUUGUUUGGAUCGUGGCUUACAUUCUCCAUGCUGUUUUCCUGCAGCUUGGUUGGGCGCUGGUCGGCGAGGACCUUCUGAUGGUUGCAGUCUUGCAGACGAUGGAGAGGAACUGCGAUUGUCACGGGGAUACCUAUGCUCAGCAUCUCUGUUGCCGCCAGGUGACGAGCUGUUUCGAUUUCAAACAAACAGCGAUUCAAAGUUGCAGCGAUUUCUCAUGGCAUUAAUAUUCUUCCUAUGUCAGUGCACUGACGGCGAAGCAAAGCAACAACGGCUGUACGAUGCUGGAGGCGUUCAGCAGAUACCUGCUGUAGAAGGGAACUCGAAAAGGAGGCGCCUGAGGUCUGAGAACAAGGCGGCUGAAGCUGAAGCUUCCCCGAGCCAGAGGACGCGCCGAGCGUUCCUCCGCUUCCGCACCCGCACCCGCACCCGCAGGGAGAUGCUACAUGUUAGUCAGAGAAUGGGGAAAAUUGGGCAGCGCGAUCAGGCGAGCAGCAGCAGUGUGUCUCGCGCCAUUGACUGGCGCUCAUGA